AUUUAAUUUAGUAACAAAAAUGACGACGAUGAAGGGUUGCUUAACGCUUACAUCCGUUUUGGUGGUCGUCUGUUUGGUCUACGCAAAGGAAUCACAUGCUUUUGGUCGGAGCAUCCUUCAAACCUGCAAGCAAUCAGGGGAGCGCUGCUCCCUGUAUGCAACCUCCGAGUGCUGCGAUGGCCUCGUCUGCACCAUGCCGUUGGAGUGCACCUCAAAGGGCGCCCGCAGCGAAUGCCUGCCUGAGUGCCGCAAGCAAACCCUCAGCAACCUGACCCGGAUUGAGUACCCCUCCAGCUCGGGCAAGACACCAGGGUUCGAGGGGGGCAAGAAGUACAAGCCCGCUGUGGUAGUCAUGCAGGAAAGGUGGGGUGUGAACGACGCCAUUAAGGAGACGGCGAUGCACAUCGCAGAGCAGGGCUACAGGGUGCUGAUUCCUGAUCUGUACCGCGGGCGGGUGGCGGUGGAGCGAAUGGAGGCCAUCGGGUUGGCCAGUGACCUCAACUGGACCCGCGGAGUGGAUGACGUGGUCAAGGCGGUGGAGUACUUGAAGAAUACAGGCUCUAAGAAGGUUGCCAUCAUGGGUUUCUGCCAGGGCGGUGGCAUGGCGCUGUGCGGGGCGCAAUUCGCGAAGGUCGACGCUGCGAUCCCCUUCUACGGCAUUCCGUCCAACUUCACCGGCUGCAAUCCGCUGCUGAUCUCGCCAUCAGUGCCCGUACAAGCCCACUUCGGCACCAACGACACCUCCUUCCCAGCCAGCAGGGUGCUGCCCCUGUUCGACGGCAUGAAGGCAGCCGGCGCGGAUGUCAGGCUCUACAUGUAUGACGGUCUUCCCCACGCAUUCUUCAACGCCAUCACGCCUGCUGGCCGGCGGCUGAUGUCCGGUGGCAACCCGAACUUUAGAUUCCCCAACGAGACACUCGUCACUAUGUCCUUUAGCCGCAUGACCAACUUCCUGCGCCUGCACAUCCGCUACUGAUGCCGUUGGGGGGGGGGAUGGGAACGACGGGGGGUGGCCCCGAGGUCCGAGGUUGAUGUCCGGAGAAGCUGCGCAGUGGAGUAUCACGGGGGCCUACCGCCAGAAAGGAAUCAUCCUCUAGGGUAGUUUGGGUAAAGCAGAGGCCCGGUCGAGGCCGAACGCGAAGUGAGGUCCCCCAGGGGACCCGGGAGCAAUGCUCCUUGGAUAAUGGUGCCUCCACCUGCUCGGUGUACUUCGUGUGUGUAUUUGUGUGUGUAUUUGUGUGUGUAUUUGUGUGUGUAUUUGUGUGUGUAUUUGUGUGUGUAUUUGUGUGUGUAUUUGUGUGUGUAUUUGUGUGUGUCUCAUGUUUACAUUUAAAAUCCCAUACCCUUGGAAAUGUAAUCCAUUUC